UUACUAUAUAUUCUUCUCAAAACUAUCGAUCGAGCAUGGAUAAAAUCCAGCACAAGUUUGUACAAGUCAACGGUCUGAAGAUCCACGCGGCGGAGAUCGGCGGCGAGUCGUCUCCGGCGGUGCUGUUCUUGCACGGUUUCCCGGAAAUAUGGUACUCGUGGCGUCACCAGAUGAUCGCGGUGGCGGAGGCCGGAUUCAGAGCCAUUGCUCCGGAUUACAGAGGAUACGGGCUAUCCGACCCGCCACCCGAACCCGACAAAGCCUCCUACAAGGACAUCGUGGCGGAUCUUCUCUUGCUUCUUGACGCUCUUGCUAUCCAAAAGGCUUUUGUAAUCGGCAAGGAUUUUGGAGCCAGAGUUGCUUAUUUAUUUGCACUCAUUCACGCGGACAGAGUCUGUGGAGUCAUUACCAUGGGUAUACCUUACCUGCCUAUCACUCCCAUCUCCUUUACUGAACAUCUUCCCGAAGGUUUCUACAUCGCAAGAUGGCAGAAACCUGGGAGAGCUGAAGCUGAUUUUGGCCGCUUUGAUAACAAAACAGUGGUGCGCAAUGUCUACAUUCUCUUCUCGCGCAGCGAGAUACCAAUCGCACAUGAAAACCAGGAAAUAAUGGACAUUGUCGAUUCCUCCACUCCUUUACCACCUUGGUUCUCCGAAGAAGAUCUUGCAAACUAUGGCUCUCUCUAUGAAAACUCUGGCUUCCAAACUGCUCUCAAAGUCCCAUACAGGUCUAUGUCUGAAACUUACAAUAUCGCAAAUGAGAAGGUUGAGGUCCCGGCAUUGUUUAUCAUGGGUGAGAAGGAUUAUGUGCUCAAGUUCCCCGGCAUGGAGGACUAUAUAAAGAGCGACAAAAUGAAGAUGUUUGUUCCGAAUGUGGAGACGGUGUUUGUGCCAGAAGGGAGUCAUUUUGUGCAAGAGCAGUUCCCUGAGCAAGUGAAUCACCUUAUCCUCAACUUUCUCAAGAAAAAUAUUUGAAGGCUAGACCUCUGUCAGGACCAUACUAUUUCUGUUGUUUCUAUUAUAAUAAGAGUUUCAAGAAGUGUGAAUUGCUGUGUAUCUUUGAUCGUUAACGAAUAUUUCCCCAAUGUACGCACUAAAUAAUCGAUUCCAUAUUGCAACAUCUAGUUUGAGAA